AUGUCUUCCGACCAAAAGCUCAGUCUUGACGCCGACUAUGCCAGGGCCAUAGCACCCUAUGCAUCAUAUGUCCCACCCGUCCCAACUGACGCUGAAUCACUCCGCAAACAGAAUGAUUUCAUGAUCAACACCGUCAUGAGCCUCUUCCCCUGCCCGGCGAGAAGCAGAGUUGCCGAAACAGAACUCUCAUACAAGUCGGCCGACGGCACUGAGCUCAAACUCCACCGCUUCGACCCCCCAGCAUCUUCAUCAACACCGGCACCAGCUGGACGUCCUUGCGUCCUCUAUCUCCAUGGAGGUGGCUUUGUCUCCGGCUCGGUUACAUCCUUCAGAAAAGACAUCAUCCGCUAUGCGGCCGAGACAAGGCUGACCUUCUAUGCUCCCGCUUAUCGGCUCUCUCCCGAGGCCCCUUUCCCAAAACCGCUGGAAGAUGCGCACGCUGCCUUGGAGUUCCUCCGCGACAAUGCACAAGAACAGAACAUCGAUCCAAAGAGAAUUGGUGUUAUGGGAAUCAGCGCCGGGGGUGGUCUGGCCGCUGGCUUGGCACUCGAGGCUCGCGAUAAGAAGUUUGUGCCCGCCAUCAAGAAGCUGGUGUUGAUAUACCCCAUGCUCGAUGACAGAACGCGCAUCCGGGAGGACCAUCCGCUGAACGAGCACCUGACAUGGACAAACAAAAAGAAUGAAAUCGGCUGGCAGGCUUAUUUGGGCGGUGCCGGUGCCAGAACUGUGAGUAGUCCUGACGCGAGCGUGUAUGCAGCGCCGGCAAGGGCUGAGGAUCUGUCUGGGUUGCCGCCGACUUAUCUUGAUGUUGGAGGGUUGGACUUGUUCAAGGACGAGGUGAAUGCAUUUGGCGCCAAGCUGCUCGCGGGCAAGGUGGACGUCGAGUUCCAUCUCUAUCCAGGCGUGCCCCAUGCUUGGGAGUGGUUGAGCCAUGAGUGCCCUGUGACACAGAAGGCAGUGAACAACAGAGUCUUCGCACUCCGUAGUUUGUAG